AUGAUUGCCCUCUGUACGCGCACUUCGGAACGUGCUUGCAUACACGACGUGCCUCUGCUCUUCCCAAGUCGAUGUCGUGGGGUACUCCGCUCUCACUUGGACAGCAGAAGCGCAGUGAACGCUAAGUAUGCCCGCGAUGGUACUCGUCGUUGCCCAGGUACCGCGAGCAUGUCGGUAUGCGGCUCCCUCUCCUUCAUUGCCGUUGUUCGUACCCUACUCACCUCGUACCAACCCACCCUCUUCCUCACGUUCUUGGCGUCGCGUUGUCCCUCUUUGUAUUUGCAGAGUUCGGAAAACAAAAAAACCAGCGAAGGAACGUUUCGCAAGGCUCACGUGAUCAUGCGUGCGUGUCUCCAUCUCACGCGUGUGACGCGCCAUAAACGACAUGACAAGGGAGGCAACGCCCACAACUUCCCCUUUGACACCCUCACCAAGGUCUACCGUGACACCAUGUAUGUGCCGCAGGAGAGAUACCGAGGAAACCCAAUGCACCCGGAGCGUGGAGCAGAGGCGCUGCUGUCGCCAGUAGUGCCAUCGCGCAGGUCUAACGUCACUAAUCACGUGGGCAACAUCGGUGUCAUGAGUUCAGCCGCGACCAAGCUAUCCGAGUGGAUGGAACAGCAGCAGCAGCAACAUCUGGAGAAGGAGCACAUCAAUGAUUAUGGAGGGAUAGGUCACGAAUCUGCGACAGCGAGCUGCGCUACGCCGAUUGUCCGCUGCAGAGCAGCGCCGUCUUCACCACCCCUCGUUUCUUCUUCCGCAGCUGUCGCGACCGAAGAGUCACAUGUCGACGACGAGGCCAUUCGUAGGCGGCUGCGCACUCAUCUGUUCUCUGCAAAGAAACCGUCAGAGCGGCAAGCCACGGCAGGGAAACCUCCCACUGCAUCUCCCGCGACCACGGAGACUUGCGCAGCAUCUCCGCGACGCAGCGGAGUCCAGGUCGAAAUACUGAGUGUGUAUCGAAGCAUGUUGCGCGAGGUCUCACGCAUACAGGACGCCGACACACGGCGCAACUUGUCGGCUUACAUUCGCGAGGAGUACGACAAGCAGCGCGAUAUUCCCCGCAAGAACAUCAUGAAGAUCGAGUGGAAGCUGAACUACAGCAAGCGCAAGCUGGAUGAGUUGCGGGCGAUGGGCAAGGAUACAAAGUUCACCAUGAUGCGUUGA